AAUCGCACCUAUAAAUACCUGUCCUUAAAAGUGAAGUUGCUUAAAAAACCCAUUACCAAAGUAAAGGUUAACGUGGCACUUCUGAAGCUAUUAAAUGGCUAUAAGCCGUUUCUCUAUAACCUGACAGUAGAUGCCUGCAGAUUUAUAAAAAAUCCUAAAGCUAAUCCCAUUGGUAAUUACAUUCACAGCUUCUUUAAGGAUUACUCCAACAUGAAUCAUUCCUGUCCCGUUGAUCACGAUAUUAUUCUUGAAAAACUGCCUAUAGGUCAUCCAAAUACGCAAGUAACAGAAGUUCUUCCGGUUCCUCAUGGAGACUACUUGUAUCAUUCUAACUGGUAUGCUUACGAUAACAACCGUGCCACGGUAAACGUAUAUGUCACAAUUUCUUGA